AUGUUUGGCGUACGUCUUCUUCGGCGGAGCGGACCUACAGCACCGUCAACAUGGUGCAGAUCAUUCACAUGUAACCAUAAACGAUUAGCACAGCAGCACAAACCUCUGAGCGUCCUCUUCUGCGGCGCAGAUCAAUUCAGUGCUGCCUCACUCCAGGAAGUGUACUCUCUCCAGCAAAAAGACCCAUCAAAGAUUGCCAGUAUCGAUGUCGUCUGCCGACCUGACAAGAAAGUCGGCAGAGGGCUCAAACAGACACUGGAAGUACCAAUCAAAUCCUUCGCCACCAACCUGGGCCUCGACAUUCACCAGAUCGACACCUUCAAAGGAUGGAGUCCUCCAAGGCCAAUCGAUCUGGUCAUAGCUGUAUCCUUCGGUCUACUUGUUCCAUCUCGGAUCUUGAACGGCGCUACAUACGGUGGUCUCAACGUGCACCCUUCGCUGCUACCAGACCUUCGCGGCGCGGCUCCCAUUCAGCAUGCUCUACUACACAACCGUAGCCAUACGGGUGUCAGUCUACAAACAAUGCACCCAACCAAGUUCGAUCAUGGCAUGAUACUCGACCAGACGUCAACUUCUGGAAUUCCGAUAUCAGAGAACGCCACGCCAGAAGAGUUGCUUAAGCAGCUCACGCCACUGGGAGCAGAGAUGUUGCGGAAAGCGCUGGAGGAAGGCUCGUUUAUGUCGCCUAGACCCUUGGCGCAGGCCAGCAAUACAUCUGACGGGCACAUCCUCGCGUCAAAGAUCACACCGGAGGACCGCCAUAUCGAUUGGACUACAUGGACCGCAGACAGGAUAGUCAGAUACGACCGGGUUAUUGGAAGACUAUGGGACACUACGACAUAUCAACGUUGCUUUUUACCGCAUGAGAAACCGGGCGUCAAACGUAUCACCUUCUAUGGUCCAUGGGAACGGGUAUCGAAGAGUGAAGAUUCCAAGCUUGAGCCAGGCGAGCCCGCUCUCUGCAUAUCGGCAGAUAGCAAACUCAAGAGGUUUGGUGUAUGUGCUGCUGAUGGUGAGAUGGUAUUGCCGAGGAGUGCCACAGUCGAGGGCGCGGCGAAAGGAAAAGGAUUGCAGAGCUUGAUGCACGCGCUGCAGCUGAUUGGUCGGGUGGCUGCUUCGCCCCGAGAAUUCAAGAAGAGGUAUGUACGUCCUGUUCGGACGACAGGGGCAUGA